UCGUUUUUGCAGACAACUAUUAAAGGAAAUGAAGAUAACGAUGUUUCUGAAUUUCUAUGUCAACAACUCCAGUUGUACACAAAUGCGACAAUUAUCUACCUGCCAGAUGAUCAUAUCUUUCUCCAGUGGAAUGUUGAAGAAACGGGAAGUCAAAUUGAAGAUUUAUUCGUUGGCUUUGGCACUGACCGGACAGAAAAGGACACACCUAGCUUGCUCAACUAUGUUUCAACUGAUCGGAAGUUCUAUUUUAAGCGCAACCAUGAAGCAAUCGGAUCAGAUGAGAUAUUUUUUAUAUUCAUUAAAGCAUUAAACAAAGCAGGCAUAUCCAGUAUCGCUACAUUGGGUCCAAUUCUCAUCGAUCAGACUCCGCCAAUGUACAGAUAUAUCCCGAAUGUUCAUAUCAAAGAAAAGAACGUUUUCUUUGCCUGGGAAUCGAAUACAUUUUACGAUGAUGAACAGACUGAACAAAUCAAUCGAAUAUUAUUUCAAUUUGUGACCAGAGAUAUUCCAGUAAGUCCCCUUCUUGAAUGGCGAUUUGAAUCAUCUGACCCUUGUCCUUCGCACUCUGGAGGUUGCAUUAAAUAUCCUCUAAGUCGGCUUCAAAACCAAGAGACAGGCGAUGGUGAUUUGUUCCAAAUUAUUAUACAUAUUUACAACAACGCCGGUCAUUUCACAUCGCUAUCAACCGAAGCUUUUCAAGUACCAAGUCGUUAUCCGCCGGGAAAGGGAAAUGUUUUUGAUCUUGAUCCAGAGCUGUUAGAUGCGACGUCAACAGACAUAAACGUCCACUUCACUGAACAUGUUAUGUGCGCUUCGUGGAGCGGUUUUAAGCAUCACGAAGGUAUUUUGCAGGAAGUGGGCGUUGGUACAGACCAACUCACGGCGAAUAUUGUUCAAUUUCAAUCUGUUUCUAAUACAACAAUGCUCUGCCUACAUUCAAGCUCCAUUUCUGCCGGACGAAUUCAAUACUUUUUGAUCAGGGCAAACUGUAGUGGAGGCUCCACCAUAUCAGCCUCUAACGGAGUGCUGAUAACACCCAUAUAUUAUAUACAGGAAAAGUUAGACAUUCACUUAGGCCAAGACUGUUAUUCUACAGCACAUUUUGAACAAUCGACAUAUUUUGAAAACUUCAGUUCUACAGUUGUAUUACACAAUCCUUUGCAUAUUGGGCAACGAUACUCGAUAUUAUCAGAAAAUGACGAUUGGAAACAAACGACGAUUGUUUUCGCCGAUGGAAUCGUGGAAAAAAGCAAAGAUAUUGAAUACUUAAUUCCGUUUGUCGAUCACCCAAGAUUGCAACUUAAACAUUCAAUAAUACCUAACGCAACCAUGCUUUUGAAAAUCUAUAAAUGUCCAAGCGAAAGUCUAAUUUCGACAAGUACACAGGCUCAGAAAUGCGUUGCUCUACCUGUUCACGGACAUUCGACAUUGUACGUUUGUGUACGCCUGUUCUCUGUGAGUGGUUUGUCGAGCACUACUUGCGCAAGUAUAGCGACACCUAAGAUGGGCGCAUACAAGGCAGAUGUUGUUUAUGAACUUGACACGAAUAAAGAUAAAAUGAUAUUACAUAAGAUAUAUAGUGCUGACAUUGGCUACCAUUAUACCCAGCUUCACGACAGCGAACUUGACGUUGGAAAUGCACAUUCAAGUGUAGCUGGUGCGUUGGUAUAUGCCUCAGAACGAACAGUUGAAUGGUUUCUUAUGACCUCUCAAUAUGUUCCAGAAAACUGCAAUACGGAUGUUAAUUGUCAAGCGAAUUACAUGACACAUACUGGUUACGUUGAAAUAAAAAACGAGGACAUGACGUUCAAUCAACUUUACUAUAUUUGCGCUUUUUCUAAUUCUACCGAAGUGAAAAGAGAAUCGUCUAUUGAAACAUUAAAUGAGAUAUCUUCAUGUGGCAAUGGGUUUAUAUUGGACAGUCUGCCUCCAACAUCAGGGCAAGUUUUGGUGCAUCAUCACAAUGGCUUUAUAUCAAAUCCACAGCAAAUUUUUGUUUCUUGGGCUGGAUUUGACGACAAUAUAGAUGCUGCUUUGUUAGGAUAUCCGGGAAAAAUUCAGUAUUAUUCUAUUGGGAUAGGUACACAUGGAGGAAGAGAAAAUCUUGCCCACGAGUUCAAACCGGGAGUGGAAAACUGUGUUGCAUUACAUACGCAAUCUGUAAGAGACGGAACACCGCUCUUUGUUACAGUCAACGCUACGGACUAUGCAGGCUACACCGUAGGGGCGCACUCCUCAGAACUUAUCGUCGACACUUCACCUCCUUCUAGUGGCCGAAUCACACUUUUAAAUAAUCUUCAACGGAAUCAUUAUAUUAACCACAACAUUGCUUAUUUAAGAUUAGAAGCCUUUUCCGAUCCUCACAGUGGGAUCGAUUAUUUCAAUGUCGGUCUUGGUACAUUUGAAAACAUAGCCGAUAUAAUGUCACAAACGAGAAAUUACGGCGAAAAUGUUGAAUGGAAUCUGUCACAUUUAAUUGACGGUCAUCCGUAUUACAUUAUUGUUCAGGUAUUAAAAUGUAUUUCAUUGAAUUUUGACAAACUUGUAAUCACAGAUUUUAUCUCUUGA